CAAGACCGACCCUAUACUCAUUUGCUCAGCAAGAGCAAUGUUUCUUUCGUUAAAUGUGUGACCUCUCAACCCUCGAGGAAAAUUCUCCCCUUUACUGUGUUCAGUGUUACAAUCAAUAUAGAAAAAAAAUUUUUGCGACUGGCAAACAAAGUGAUUGAAUUAAAAUGAUGACAAGUUCAUCGGAUAUUAAAAUAAGAAACAAAGAAAAGAACAAUUGAAUUUCGAAAAUUCAUUGGCUAUUUAAAUUCUGCAACUAUAUAAUAAUAAUUUUAACUGAUUCGUGAAAGAUCGAUUACUGGUGGUUGGUGCUGGUGCUGCUGCUCCUGCUGAUGUUACUGUUAUCGACCGCCAUGAGAAAGUGUAAUUUUUUUUUUUUUUUUUUUUAAAUAAUCAUAAUUUUUUUUGAUUAUUUUCUAAUUCUUUGAGAAAUAUCGAUUAAAUUGAACUUCAAGGGUAUUUGUGUGUCUUAUUAAUUUUAGAACAAAAUUAUCAAUGACAAUUCUAAAAUGAAAAUGAUGAUCCAAAAUUAGAUAAAUAAAUUUUGGAAUUGAGAAAAAAAAUGAAAUUUUUUCUAAAUGAAUUUGAUGAUGACAUUUCUUUGGAUUUAUAAUAUUGGAAAACUUGAAUGAAUCUGAAAAUUUUUUAUAAUGUCAUGAUGAUUAUUAUUAUACAAUAUAUAUCUAUAUAUAUAUAAUUGAAUAAAGUAAUUUAAUGUUUGAUGAUGAGAAAACCUAAAAAAAUAAUCUGAUAUUUGGAAAAAUGGCCAGCAGCAACGUUUCGCUGGGACAUCGAAAGCAUCGGUUGCUAAAUUUAUGCAUCCAAUUUUGUAUUGUCACUUUGUGCCUAAAUACAAUAUGCUAUGGUCAAAAACCAAUAAAUCUUGGUGGUGUUAAAAGAAAAGAUGUCUAUAUUGCAGGAUUUUUUCCUUAUGGAAGACAUGUUCCUGAAAGUCAUGUUGGUCGUGGUGUUAUGCCAUCUGUAAAACUUGCUGUUGAUCAUAUCAAUGAAAAUCCUGCUAUUCUUAGAAAUUAUCGAUUGCACAUGUGGUGGAAUGAUACAGAGUGCAAUGCAGCUGUUGGAGUUAAAGCAUUUUUUGAUAUGAUGCACAGUGGACCUCAUAAAGUAAUGUUGUUUGGAGCAGCAUGUACACAGGUUACUGAUCCCAUUGCUAAAGCAUCAAAACAUUGGCGAUUAACGCAGCUAAGUUAUGCCGAUACGCAUCCUAUGUUUACUAGUGACAGUUUUCCAAAUUUCUUUCGAGUGGUACCAUCGGAGAAUGCAUUUAAUGCACCACGUGUUGCUCUAUUGAUGCAAUUCAAUUGGACAAAAGUUGGCACCAUUUAUCAGAAUGAACCUCGAUAUGCAUUGGCUCACAAUAGACUUGUUGCUGAUUUGGAUGAUACAAAAUUAGAAGUAAUUGAAACGCAGAGUUUUUCACUGGAAGUUACAUCGGCAUUGGAAAAAUUAAAAUACAAGGAUGUUAGAAUUAUAUUGGGAAAUUUUAAUGAAGGAUGGGCUCGUCGAAUUUUUUGCGAAGUUUACAGACUUGGAAUGUUUGGCAGAAAAUAUCAAUGGGUAAUUAUGGGAACUUACGCUGAAGAAUGGUGGCUACGUCCAGGUGGCGGUUGUGCACCAUCAGAAUUAUCAGAAGCAUUGCAUGGAACAAUUUUGACUGAUCUUCUUCCUUUAGCAACAGAAAAACAACUCACAGUUUCUGGAAUUACCCCAGAAGAAUACAGACUGGAAUAUGACUCAAGAAGAGGGACUGAAUACUCAAGAUUUCAUGGCUAUACUUACGAUGGAAUUUGGGCAGUAGCUUUAGCAAUUCAACAUGUUACAAAAAGAAUACGACAUUUUCGUAGAAAUCAAACAGUAGCUGAUUUUCAAUACAGAGAUGCUCUUUGGGAAAAACUUUUUUUAGAAGCUUUGAGAAAUACAAGUUUUGAAGGAGUUACUGGUCCAGUGCGCUUCUAUGAUAAUGAGAGGAAAGCGUGUAUUUUACUAAAACAGUUUCAAAGCGGAAGUGAGGUGAAAGUUGGAGAAUACGAUGGUAUUAUGGAUAAUUUAGAUUUAAGUAAAGGACAUCCUUUACUGUGGCGUGGUAGAUCACCACCAAAAGAUCGUACUGUUCAUAUUACUGAACAUUCAACAGUCAAUAUUAAAAUAUAUGCUGCUCUUGCUUCAGCGGCAAGUGGAGGAAUUGUAAUGGCAGUUGUAUUUCUUGCUAUUAAUAUUAAGUACCGAAAUCAGAGAUACAUAAAAAUGUCAUCACCCCAUUUAAAUAAUCUAAUUAUUGUGGGAUGCAUAUUGACUUACAGUAGUGUAAUUUUUUUGGGAUUAGAUUCACAAUUAUCAAGUGUCACUGCAUUUCCUUAUAUAUGUACUGCCCGAGCAUGGUUACUGAUGGCAGGUUUUUCCUUAGCCUUUGGUUCCAUGUUUUCUAAAACUUGGAGAGUUCAUUCCAUAUUCACUGAUGUAAAACUUAAUAAAAAAGUAAUAACAGAUUAUCAACUUUUCAUGGUAGUGGGAAUAUUACUGUUUAUGGACUUGAUAAUUAUGACAACGUGGCAAGUUGCUGAUCCUUUUUAUAGAGAAACUAAAGAGAUGGACGCAUAUCCACAUCCAGCAAAUGAAGAUAUUAUGAUAAUACCAGAAAAUGAAUACUGUCAAAGCAACAGAAUGUCCGUCUAUUUGGGAAUUAUUUACGCUUAUAAAGGUCUUUUAAUGAUCUUUGGUGCAUUUUUAGCAUGGGAAACACGUCAUGUCAGUAUACCAGCAUUAAAUGAUAGUAAAUAUGUAGGUAUGAGCGUUUAUAAUGUUGUUAUAAUGUGCAUCACUGGUGCAGCAAUCAGCAUUGUUUUAGCUGAUAAGCAGGAUGCCAUGUUUAUCAUGUUGGCAGUAUUUAUCAUAUUUUGCAGCACGGCCACUUUGUGCCUCGUAUUUGUUCCAAAGAUUAUAGAAUUACGAAGAAACCCACAAGGUGCCAUAGAUAGAAGAUCUAGAACAACUUUAAAACCAAUGUCUAAAACAAGAAAAGAUUCCACUAUUAGCGAAUUGGAGGAUCGUUUAAAAGAAGUAACGACAACAAAUCAAAAAUAUAGAAAACAACUUCUUGACAGAGAAUCGGAAUUGCAAAUGUAUUUGAGAAGGCUCGGUGAUGAUGAAUUAGGAAAUACACAAGAAAUUAUGAUUAGUAGGCUUCACAUUCCAAGACAAGAUGUAGUGAUAAAAAAAGAAGGUCCAUCUGUGAACACUGAGACAACUGAUAUUUCAGUUUCUAUGUGCAGUUUGAAUUCAACAACUGUUCUAUCUCAAACUGAAGGAGAUUACGUUAACGUGAGCUCCAUUGAACAACACCUCAUUAAGAAGAAGACGAUGCCCAACAUCAAUAUGAAUGGAGUUACAGAGAUAAAAACUGGUAUCAACGAUCAAUUAUCAAAUGAAUCUUCAAAUCAAAUUUAUUCCGAGGAUGAGAAUUGUCGUUCAAAAUAUAAAGAAAAAUUAGAAACUGAAAUUAAUGGCGAUAUGAAAGAACAACAAAUUGGAGAGAAAAAUAAAUUAAAAUUCACAAUUGGCAAUAAUAAAUUAAUGGAGGAUCAAAAAAGGAAGAAGAAGCAGAUUAAACAUCAAGAAUUAUUAGAAACUAAUGACAAUUCAAUUAUUUCAAUGUUAAACAAUAAAGUUGAUAAUUGUAAUAAUGGUAUUGUUGAAAAAACAAAUGAAUAUAAAAAUAAAACUGAUAUUAUUAAAAGAGCAAAAAUGCCAACGCCAGUGAUGUCGAAAAAUGUUUCAUUUAAUGCAUUCACCGAUGAAGAAUUGUGGGAGAAAAUUAAUACGAAACAAAAUACUUUAUUCCCACCAUCUGGAAUGCAACAAAAACAUCGAUGUUUAAUAACUGAUGGUUCACGAACAAUGACUAUACCUUCGGCUUCCGCGGCGACACAACAAAUAUUUUUAAAUAAAAGAAGAUGUUCAGCAAAGGACAAUGAAUUGGUGCAUUCACAUCACGAAUUGUUUGAUAAUAAAAAAAGAAGAACAAGCGUUCCAACAACAAAUACAAUUAGCUAUAUAUCAAGCGAUAAUAUAUCGACAAAAAUUGAUGACGAUGAGGAAACGUUCAAUAAACAUUAUGAAUGUGGACAUAAAAAAACAGCAAUUGCUGGUUAUCGAUGCGAGAAACAUGGUGGACGUGGUUAUAAUACUUCUAAAGAAUCAACAGUAGCAAUAUUCAGGAAACCUAAUGAUGCUUAUAAUAGUAUUAGUUCAACAAGUGUCAAUGCCAGUUAUUCAGAUACAGAAAAAUAUGAUGAUUCAUCGUUUAUACAGCGCUCUGUAUCGGAGAGAUCAAGGGAAAAAUUUAUAAAAUGCAAACAUCACGGUGGUGGACCAAUUUCUACCAUGGUGACAAAUACUGCACGCAAAUGUAGACACAAUGAAUCAAAACUGAAUAGACACGUACAGAGCACACCUAAUGUUUAUAGUAAAUUUAAUAAUCCACGUGGAAGAGUAGGAAUUGCAUCAGUAAGCGGUGGUGGUGGACGUGCAAGAUACAAUAAUAUUAAUGAAUCUCAAAUUUUGCACAGUGCAUUGUCAGAUGGUGAACUUUUAGAUUUGACAAUUUUGCCAAUUUUUCAAAAACUUUUAACUCAACGAUAUAAAACAGCUCGAAAUAAUUAUGGGGCCAAUGUCGCUAGUUGUCCGAAUAUAUCAAUCAAAUGCGACAUUGUGGAAUAUCUUUAAUAGUCAAUCUUCAAAUUUCACUCACAUUAAUUAUUAAUGCAGAAAAAAAAGAGACUUCAAAAAAAAAAAAAAAAAAAAAAAAAAAAAUAAAAUAGUUGAUGGUUAUUAUUGUAAACGGCAUUUUGGUGAAAAAAAAAUAUUAAUAUUCCUUUUUUUUAUAACUGUAUAAAAGAAUUCAAUUUGAUUAUUUUUUUUUUCAUGCCGUAUUUAUAAUUUCAUUGCGACUUUCAAAUUCUAAAUUUUUAAUAAAAGAAAACAAAGGCUUUAAAAAUGAAAAUUCUUGAAAAAGUUUUACUAUUUCACAGUCAGUUUGCACAAACCUCUCUUAUUAAAAAAAAAAUGGAAAAAAAAAAGAAAUCUUUCUAGAAAUUAUAAUAAUAAGACUCGAAAUGAUUUACUUACUUGUUAUAAGCACUUAUAUAUCUUACAGUUGCAAUUUUUCUGUACAAUUAUUAUACACAUGUUUUUUCAAUGAACCAAUAAAUAAUUUUUUUUAA